AGUGCGGCCCAAUUUCCUCCCCAUGCUGACGGGGUGCGUGCUCGGCGGACCCCCGCACGUGUGGUCCGGCCGGUGCGGUGCGCCGUCCGUGCCCGGGUCACGGUACUGCCGCGGCCGUGCUGAGACGGCCCUUCAGCUGGUAUAUAGUCGGCCCGUCACCACACCACCGUACUAGUGAGCCACCGGCACCGUCACAGAGCUGCAAGGUCGCCUCCCACCUCCGACAUGGGUCGUACUGAGGUUCCGUUUGGCCGUCUGGCUGCCAUGCUGGCACUGCUGUCUCUGAUGUCUGCGACUGUAGAAGGCUCCUUGCUGGGCAAAUCAUUAUACAAGAGGACUAAAGAAGCUAUCGACUCACAGGACUACAGUGCGUUUGGCAAAACGCUCCACUCGUCUCGGCGUGUUCCGAUAGCGACGUACAAAUACGAAGACGACACAAUAUCCACCGCCAGAGACGCGUCGUCUGCCCCAGUCACGUCACUGCUAGACAGACUGCUGAAAGGCGUCAGCGGCCGGUCCUCGGUGAAGGCGGGGGAGUCUGCGAGGUCUACCGAGACCUCCCCGUUCCUCAGCUGGCUCUCCGGGAACGGUCUGGGUUCGCUGACGGGCAACGAGGCUACGUAUCCUGUACAGGAGUCAGCGCAGACAAUCGAUAACGUGUCAUCCACAGGCUCGCUCCUGUCGCUCAUUCGCAAGGUGCUGGAUGUCAUGCGGAAACCAGAAACAACAACUUCAGCAUCGGGCUCUGGAGACGUGUAUUCAGUGUCGAUCGGCGACACGACAGAGUCUCGUAUCGGAGAGAUCAUCAAACAGCUGCUGGGGAGGCAGUCCUCAGAGGCGGAGAUCGUGGUUGCGACGACAGGAGGAACUCAGUCCGGCAGUUCGUCUGACCGGACGGUAUCCGAGCUGAUUUCGGCCAUCCGCCGGCUCCUGAGAGAUCCGCAGAACUCAGAGACGGACGAGGACGGCACAGCGUCGGACGACGACUCGAGGCGCCCUCUUGACAUCGCCGCCCUUAUCCGUGCGCUGGCCAGGAGCGGAGAGCGUCCCUUGGCGCCCCUGCAGUCCUCUGACAGCACAGUGACCGACAUCCCUGCGCCGAUGUCGACCCGCGCCGCCCUCCGAGCUCUCAUCAGGUGGAUCUCCAAGCUGAACAGGUUGCAGACGUCAAAACACUCGCCGGGACGCUUCUCCUCGAUCAUCAUGAACCUGCUGUCCAGGAUGGCAUCUCGAUCCUCAUCAAGAUCAUCCUCUCCUUCCGGUGAUGUCAUAAACACGCUGCUGUCCAGCCUGAACAGGCCUGGUGUUUCCAUCAGCACCUCUUCCUCUCUACCCACUUCACUUGCUUCCCUUCUGACGGAUCUUUACACUCCCAGAUCCUCACCAAUAACUUCAUACUCAUCUUCAUCUCCUCUCAGCACCUGGCUUAAAGACUUUGAAAAUUCCCGAUCCUCUACAAAAUCACUCUCCUCUGAUUCUCUCUCGGAUUUGUUGGAUGACCUGGACGUGUCCGGAGGCUCACAGAGUGCGUCGGUCACCAGCUCGUCGUCUCCCGUGAUCGAAUGGCUGGAGACCAUCUCGACCUCUACUGGGGGAGGCUCGCCGCGGGAGACGACCGUCUCCGGCAGCGUCUCGCUCGACGAGCUGCUCUCGGAACUGCAGGACUCCCUGGGCUUCGACUGAUAGGAUCACAAAAUGGCGUCACUCAGGCUCGGGAUCUGCAUGCUGCAAGGUCUACACUGCGGCAGAUGUACCAAGUUGGAAACCUUCGCUUUAGUCGAAGCUGCAGAUGCCGCACCAUCCAGUCCAUCCCAAACAAACUCGCUAGUCCCUUGGACUUUGACGCCUUUUCAUCCACCUGUUGGAUGAACAUAUCUCAAUACUUUAUAUCCGCUAUAUUUGUUGUUCGCGUUAAUUGGUUAUUUUGUUAAUCUUUGUAUCAAUGUAUAAUGCAUAAGAUGAACAUCAAUAAAAACAAUUAUUUUACAAACAUUUAGAAAUAUUGUUAGAUGAAUACCUACCUAUUCAGUAGUGUAUGCCUUGCAAUUAGCGUUUGGGUAUCUUACUCUAUGUCUUUGAUGUAAAAAAUCAAUCAAAAACUUCCAAAGGCGUUUCUUCAAGAACAUGCGUGUCCUUUUCUUCUAAGUUUAAAAUGGCAAAACAACGGGCUUCAAUAAUCGGUGGCAUAGAUUCAGUAAUCUAUGUCGGUAGCUUUUUGAAAAAGAAUGACUCACCUUCCCCAUGAAACCUUUUACUCCUGAUUACGACCGACUUCAAAAUUGGGACAUCGUACAUAUAGUAUUUCAGAUAGAUCAGUAACCCCUGUCGUGUUUAGUUGCCCGACUAAAACAUUCAAUUAAAUUACGUAUAGAAAUCGGGCGACAAAGUGUUUCUUCAUUUCUAUGUAGGUUCAAGGUUGGUAAGUUGUUUAUUUUCCGCUUAAGUUAAUGAACAAGUGAGACUCUCCGAGACGGUUAUCUAUGCUUUUACGUUCAAACGUCGAAGGCAAAUAGUGUUCCUUAAAAGUGGACUAUGUGCUGCUCACGUGAUUUUCAGCGCUCAUUUUGAUCCGACAGUUUUGGGCAAACAAAUGACACAAUAUUUUAUCAAAGGCAUGCUACACUAAAUUGUGCGUUUCUGAUGACGAUCGACUACUUCAGAUGAUAAAAAAGUUAUAGUUUUUUAUGCAUAGGUAGGGAUAGCACAUGUCUCGUUUUGCAGUAGGUAAGACAUGCUAACGAUGCUAACGAUAUUUUAGCAUUAGAGAUACUAGUAUUUGUGUAUUUGUAUACCAAACACAUCAUGUGGGAGUACCUAUGCCUAGCUAUAUGUAAGCCAAGUUAUGUGUAGUUUGCACCUGUGUCGCCAUGCUGCAAUGAACUUCGCUCUCCAAGAUGUAAUACCCACGACAGAGGAGUUUUGGUACGACUCGGUGUAUCUGCCUGCUAUCCAUUACACAGAAACAUGUACUCAGUAAAUAUACCUACUUUUGUUAUACGUAUGUA